AAGUCAGAGAAACUCCCUGGGCUGAGGUCUCCAGUUGAGGGUAGAAGCUGUACCACCUCCCACAGCCCCAGAAUGCCACUGCCAUUGGUCGGGGUCUAAUACCACUGGCUCUGCAUUCUGAGUAACGCCAUCCCAUUUGAGAGAUUGGAAGCUAAAGAAAAGAAAGCAGAAUGCAGACCUUUGUAAAUAUUUUUCUGGGAUUUUUUAUCUUCGAGUCUAUUGGAGCUGCGCCUAUCACUGAUACUGUAAUUUAUGAUUCUGAGUUCUAUGACAUACCGCUUGGAGAGCUGCCUCACUCAUUCAUCUAUGAUGAAAAUGAGCAGUCUGACCAAUUAGAGACAGAGAUUGGGACAGCACUACCUUCCAUAAUUCAAGAGAGUUAUUCUUCCGCACCACUGACAGAAGAACCUGAGGAGGAAGCAUCAACGCCAAAAUUAAUUGAUGGCUCUUCAGCACAGGGGUCUGGGGUUCUUGGACCUCAGACUCAAGACGGUCUUCCCACUUGCCUUUUGUGUACGUGCCUAGGGACCACAGUCUACUGUGACGAUCAUGAGCUUGAUGCUAUUCCACCAUUGCCUAAGAAAACCACGUAUUUCUAUUCACGCUACAACAGAAUCAGGAAGAUCAACAGAAAUGACUUUGCUAACUUAAACAAUUUAAAAAGGAUUGAUUUGACUGCUAACUUUAUAUCAGAGAUCCAUGAGGAUGCCUUCCGAAGAUUGCCCCAACUUGAGGAGCUGGUGCUCCGUGACAAUAGGAUAAGGCAACUCCCUGAGUUACCAUCUACCUUAACAUUCAUCGACGUUAGUAAGAACAGGCUUGGUCGCAAAGGAAUACGUAAUGAGGCAUUUAAAGAUAUGCAUGAACUGCAGCAUCUUUACAUCACUGACAAUAACUUGGAUCACAUUCCAUUGCCACUCCCUGAAAGCCUCCAAGCUCUUCAUCUUCAGAACAACAACAUUCAAGAGAUGCAUGAAGACACUUUCUGCAAAAUGAAAGAUUUUACUUAUGUACGCAGGGCUCUUGAAGACAUCAGACUGGACGGUAAUCCCAUCAACCUGAGCAAAACACCUUAUGCAUACAUGUGUCUACCCCGUUUGCCAGUUGGCAGCCUCAUCUAAGUUUUGACAGAAGCCAAUACUGUCAUACGCUAUAAGAAUCUUUAAAGACAAAUUAUUAGCUCACUGCUACACUAAGAAAGAUGCAUUUUUUCAAAUCUCAUUAAUUUGGGAAAUUUUUCUGUUAAUAAUGAGAUCGAUUAUUGAGAUACAAAGAAUAAUAUGAAAUGCUAAAAGACAACUCCAUUAUCUACCCAACUGUAAGUUGUAUAGCAAUAUCAAGAAAAAUAUUUUACUACAAAAACUGUACUGAAGGCAAUAAGAGAUCAAUGUAAAUGCAAAAUUUUAUGCUGAAUUAUUCAGAUCUAAUGUAUGAAUUUUAAAGUUAAAUAAUUUUUUAUAUUAAAAUCUAACUAUGACAUAGUAAAUAAAGAAAUAAAAAGAAAA